UUUCCACUAGCGCCACCAUGAAUUGGCAAAUGCCUCGCCAAUCUGUCUGUUUAUUUGUGUUGUUCCGCAAAAAGUCUCGACGACAAACAGAAGAAAUUAAAUUACCUUGUUUUAAUUGAUUAAUUAGCAUAAGUAAGUCAUCAAAGCAAGUAUGCUAAGUCAGCGCGAGUGCCGCGAGUAGUCUUACGUGAAAUUUGGAUCGAGAAGCAAGUGUUUUGUGUGAUAAGUGUUUGCAAUCCAGUUCCCAUGUUUUGGGAUCAUGUUUACCGAAACAGACACAUUAUGCAGGAGUUUGAGGACAUAGAAGUGCAUAAAACUAGUGUUUCAGUCUUUGUAGCGUUGUUUUAUUUAGAAAUGCUGUAUAUUCUGAUCAUGACGCUGUCUAUUCUCAACAGGCUGAAUCAGCAACUACCCUCAUAAAUAAGUACAUACAUAGCUUCCAGAGUUCAUAGGUGUAAGUAAAAUAUUUCAAAAUGAAUGGAUACCCUAAGCCUUUGGCAGAGAGGCUUUACCUGUACAGGGAUGAGGACGAUGAGAUAUUUGUAGAUGCUUUACUACACCAGCACCAAAUUGAUGGCAUCAGAUUUCUCUACAAGCAGUUUACCAAGAAAAGUCCGGGUGUGGUCAUCAACAAUCCUCUCGGUUAUGGCAACUCCAUGAUCGUGGCGCUGUUUCUUGGCGCCAUCCGCCACUUGCUGGAGAAACCUAUACUGAUAAUUUGCGAGGAUGGCCAAGCGUUGAACUGGCUGGAGCAUUUUCAGAAGUUAACGCACUGUUAUAAUGUCGGCAUAGCAGCGGAAAGUCCCUUUGUGAAGAAAUCCAUCUUCAUCAACACCAUGGCUCGCCUGGAGCAGUUCAGUCGGCGGGAAUGGAGCGUAAUGGUGGUGGAUAACGCCGCCUUCCUCAAGGAGAAAACCAUCCAGGCUAAAUAUAAGGCUGACUUCAAAAUUUGGAUCACACCCGAUGAUAUGAAGGAUCAUCUUGAUACAUUCGCUUCUAUCCACAAGUGGCUGUUCCCAAACGAGAAACUGAAUAUUGACGAUUUAAAGGCGAAACCUGGAGAUAUCAAAGAUACUAUCGCCAAAACCAAAUUUCUUGACGCAUUUCUACAAGAUAAAGUGUUCCGAACACACUUACUUACACCAUUUGAGAAUCCUUAUUCAAAAUCUGAACGAACUUCUACACAAGUAUCCAAGAAAAACAAAGAUGCAACAGGGACCAAAAUAAAACGUUCCAAACGGACGUCAGAAUGUGCCAGCACCUCCACUGCAGUGCCGUCAACUAGCGAUAUGGUGCCCGGGCCCAGCGCUGUCAAGAUACCUAGGAAGGAGACACAGGACAAUGCAGCCGAUGACUUCACUAUAGAUAACUUUAAAAACAACAAAGAAUCCACUACAGUUACCCCAGACUCAGAUGACAAAACUCCCGAAAUGGACGUCGAAAGCUUCAUACGCAACGAGGAACCAGUCCAAUAUGAUCCAUUCAAAAAAUUCAUGCAGGAUUAUGAUAACAUAUCACACCACAGCGAGGAGGAGAGUCGACCCGAAUUCAUAGAGCAGGAACCGCAAAUAUUCCAGUCUCCCGAGAAAUUAGAAGGUAUCAAGGUAUCAUCAGGCGUUCCGAUGGAUUUCACAGAAAAUGUAGAGAGCUGUUUGGUAGAUAGUGACACGAAUUCCGACAAUCUCAUGCAGAGACCCAAUUUUUUUGUAGAAACAUCUCAAGAUACCAAUGUCAGUGAUUAUGAUAUAGAAUGCAAAUUGCAGUCGACCCCCCCUGAUUUUCUCACUGAUAAUAUUCUGAAUGAAAUGAAAGAUGAAUUGUCAGAGACCAAUAAUUCUGACUCUAAUAACGAUUCCAAACCAGAAGAAACAACUAAAGAGGAACCGGAACAAGUAGAAGAAUCUCCAAAGAAAGAUUUAAAUUCAAAAAUGAAAGAAAUGGACGAUCAGGUAAUGAAAAAAUUCCAAGGCUCUUUGUUAGAUAGGCUUUUUUAAAAUGAGACUAUAGUGUCGUCACUUCAGCUCUCUUAAGUCUUUGCCGGAUCCGGACAGAAGAUACGCGAUAUUUAAGAAUGGUGAGCUACAAAUGUAUUGGUAUUAAAUGAAAUGGGUAAAGCUCGCCAUGUUAAGUACUCGCAUCGUCAACCUAGUCAAGUUUAUUUGCGAAACCUGUAUGCGCCCGCCUGGGUGUAUGAAAACAGAAUUCUUCGGGUAGAUAAUAUUACCUAUUAUAUGUACUAAGCAUAUUAUGUAUGUUGUAGCUGUCUUUUCGGUUAUUGUUUAGCGCAGUUUCUUUGAAAUAAAUUGUAAGACACUAAUUACAAUGCACUUGUUGCUCAGGACUUGAUUCAAACAUAAGUAAAAUUCUUGCCUGUGAUUGGUCGAUAUAAUUUAUGCUUAAAAUUCAAUCGGGUUUUAAAUUUCGUUUCUGACUAUGACCUUGUACUCAAAUUCUCGUUGUAGUGAUAUAUUCCCGGAUUCGGCAAACAAAUCAGUGUAACUAUUUAUAUAGUAAUAUGCAUUAUGAUGGUGGACGGAGUCCCCAUCAAAUACUUCUCAAAGUAGGAUUUUUAAGUGUAGUGUUACUUACAUCGUAAGUAGCGUGUAGGAAAGAUAACAUAGAUGUAUUUGUGUAUUUUACUCAUAUAAAAAUAUGUAAUAACCAGUUUGAUGUUACUUCAGCAAACAUAGUUUUAAUCACACAUGUCCAUAAUAAUACUUUUCAUAACCAGAAUAGAAUUGCAUACCUUUUUUAUAAAAUAAAAUAGAAUAACUUACAGUAACUUUAAGCUUGAGGGUUAUUCCUCACCUCAUUGCAUAUCUUUCAUAAAUACUUCUAACUAUGGUUUAUAACAUAUUUUAUGCAGAUUUUGACUGUAUUAUGCCAAAAGACUUUAUUUAUUUAUUUUCUUUAUUUAAAAAAAAUCUAUUUCUUACUAAGUAAGUACUAAUAUCUUUAGUAUUGAGAUUAUUUGAGAUCGA